AUGUCCUCCUCUUCUUCUGGAUACCAACCUCAAGUCGCCCCUGUGGUGUUGAUGUCCAUCUGCUUCCUGCUGGGACUUCCUGGAAACAUCGCUGUGCUUCUUCUCAGACCAAACUUUCAGCAUCUGUCCAGCCUGAGCCAGAGUUUGAUGCUGAAUCUGGCUUUUUCAGACCUGUUCUGCCUGCUCACCCUCCCGCUGUGGAUUUACACUUUGCUCUACAGCUGGACUUUCAGCCUGGAAGCCUGCAAGGUUGUAAUUUACCUUGAAUAUUGCUGCGUUUAUGGCAGCAGCCUGACUGUGACGAUGCUGGCCGUCCAGCGCUACCUGCUGGUUGUGCGUCUGAAGAAGUUCCUACAGCUUGGAAAGAGGCUGCUGGUUCUGCUCUGGCUGGUUGCAGCGCUGCUGUCCAUCCCUGCUUUAGUGGUUCAACAGAUGACCACACAUGAGACCUGGUUAGAAUGUUUGUGUAUCUACUCCUCUGAUGCCCAGAGUGUGGCUUCACUGCUGACUGACUCCGUGGCGGGAUUAAUUUGUUUUCUUUUUGUCGUGGCGUUUGCUUACAUCCAAGUCCGCAGAAAGGUGAACCAGGCAGUAUUUUUCAACAACCCCCAGACAAACAGACUGGUUACCAGCAUCAUUGUGACCUUUGCUGUCCUGUGGGUGCCAUAUCACAUUGUGAAUGUGCUGGGUGUCAUUGCCAUUUCUCUAAACAGCAAGAACAUGUUGAAGUUUUGCACAGACGUGUGGAACAUUACUGGAGCUGUAACAUUUGUGAACAGCUGCCUGAAUCCACUCCUGCAUGCAUUUGCUUCUUACAAAAUGCGCCAAACAACCACAACAAAUAAUGCAGCUGCUGAAGAUGAAGAGCUACAAGAAAAAUAUCACCAAGACCAAACCAACAGUUUCUGCUCAACUAUCUCUGCUUUGCCUGGUUUUCUUCUUCAAUGA